CUUGUGUUCUCUCAGCUCUAGUGCGCCCUCGCCAAGAACCCGCCAUCGCCGCCGCCUCCCGGCCUCCGCUUCCACGUCUUGAGGUCUCCGGCGUCGACCGAAGCAGCAGCACCAUGAAGCGCCUGCUCAGACGGCUCUCCCGCGUGGCCGCGGCAGACGCCUGCGCCGCCGCCGCGUACAAGCCACUCCGGCCCGACGCGGCCGCGAAGGCCUCCUCCACGGCCGCUUCGUCGUCCUCGUUCUUCGGCGCGCGAAGGCUCGGCCGCGGCGCACGGGUGCCGGAGGGGCACGUGCCGGUGUGCGUUGGCGAGAACGGCGGCCCCGUGGAGCGCUUCGCUGUUCGGGCCGAGCUCCUGUGCCAGCCGGCGUUCAAGGCCCUGCUCCGGCGCGCCGCGCAGGAGUACGGCUACGACCACCCGGGCGCGCUCCGCAUCCCCUGCGCCGUCGCCAACUUCCGCCGCCUCCUCCUCGGCCUCUCCGACCCCGGCUGCCAGGCCACCGACGACGACGAUGCCGCGCUCUACUACUAGCCUAGCCCUUCCCCGUUUCACCCUCCUCGUUCGGCUGCCAUGGAGGGCGUGAUUGGAAAUUUGCCCCCUGGCGAAGGCAAAUCGGUGAACCAGCAGAGCAGAGCCAAUUGCCAGCUGAUGGUUUCUGACCGAUCUGCCCCUGCGUGGAUGAUGUAAAUAGGGAGGUCUGAUUGGGUUGGUGGAGGGUAGGAUGGGGAUUCCUCCGCAUUUUCAACUGCAGCUCAACAAUUUUAGGACCUGCUGUAGGGCUGUAGUAAUUUCUUUUUCUUCUUC